AAUAUUCGAUUGAUAGAUUAUGAGAAAAUGGUGGACCACAGAGGAGUGCGAGUUGUAGCAUUUGGAAAGUGGGCUGGAGUUGCAGGUAUGAUCAAUAUUUUACAUGGAAUGGGAUUACGUUUUCUUGCUUUGGGACAUCACACCCCAUUCAUGCAUAUUGGUAUGGCUCAUAAUUAUAGAAAUAGUAGCCAGGCUGUUCAAGCAGUUCGGGAUGCUGGCUAUGAAAUUUCCUUAGGAUUGAUGCCAAAAUCAAUCGGGCCACUCACAUUUGUGUUUACAGGGACUGGGAAUGUCUCUAAGGGUGCCCAGGAAAUGUUUAAUGCUCUGCCUUGUGAGUUUGUGGAACCCCAUGAAUUGAAGGAGGUCUCUAGAACUGGAGACCUUAAAAAAGUAUACGGAACAGUACUAAGUCGACACCAUCAUCUUGUAAGGAAAACUGAUGGAGCAUAUGAUCCAGUAGAAUAUGACAAGCAUCCGGAACUCUAUACAUCACGGUUUAACAAUGAUAUUGCACCCUAUGCUACCUGUGUGAUAAAUGGAAUCUACUGGGAGCAGAAAACGCCGCGCUUGCUAAACAGACAGGAUGCACAAAAGCUUUUGACUCCCCUCCAGCCUUCUCCUGCUGCUACAGAGGGCUGUCCUGAAUUGCCACACAAAAUUGUUGCAAUAUGUGACAUCUCAGCAGACACUGAAGGAUCUAUAGAAUUUAUGACAGAAUGCACAACAAUUGAUAGUCCAUUCUGUAUGUAUGAUGCUGACCAGCACAUUAUUCAUGACAGUGUGGAGGGACUUGGGAUUUUGAUGUGUUCUAUUGAUAACUUACCAGCUCAGCUUCCAAUAGAGUCAACAGAAUGUUUUGGAGACAUGCUGUUCCCCUAUAUUGAAGAAAUGCUCCUCUCUGAUGCUUCAGAGCCCCUGGAAAGCCAGAAUUACUCACCUGUAGUUAGAGAUGCAGUGAUUACAUCCAAUGGUUCACUGACUGAUAAAUAUAAAUAUAUCCAGAAACUGAGGGAGAACAGGGAAUAUAUGCAAUCCCUGACCAUGGAUAAGAAGAAGAAGGUUUUAAUACUUGGAUCUGGAUAUGUUUCUGAGCCUGUAGUAGAAUAUCUUACAAGAGACCCCAAUGUUGAAAUAACAACAGCCUCUAUCAUGAAGACUCAGCUUGAGCAGUUGUCCAAGAAAUACAAUAAUGUUGUUCCCGUCAUUAUGAACAUCACAGAAGACGAGAGAUUAUCAUCCUUGGUGAAAAAACAUAAUCUUGUUAUUAGUUUGUUGCCAUAUUCAUUCCAUCCUCUGGUUGCUAAGAAAUGCAUUGACAGCAGAGUGAAUUUGGUGACCGCAAGUUACCUGACGCCUGAAAUGAAAGAGCUACAGAAAAGCGCAGAGGCAGCUGGCAUUACCAUUAUCAGUGAAGUAGGUUUGGAUCCUGGCCUUGAUCAUAUGUUGGCAAUGGAAUGUAUUGAUAAAGCAAAAGAAGUGGGUGCUACGGUGAUCUCCUACACUUCCUUCUGUGGUGGCUUGCCUGCUCCUGAAUAUUCUGACAACCCCCUGAGAUAUAAAUUUAGCUGGAGUCCACAGGGAGUCCUGCUAAACACAGUUAAACCUGCAACCUAUUUAAAAGAUGGAAAGAUUAUUAAUAUUCCAGCCGGAGGAGCUUUGCUUGAUUCUGUUACUGUCAUGGAUUUUUUCCCAGGAUUAAAUUUGGAAGGCUUUCCAAACAGGGACAGUACAAAAUAUGCUGAACCUUACGGCAUUCAAUCAGCUCACACUCUUUUAAGAGGAACUUUAAGGUACACGGGUUACUGUAAAGCUAUAGAAGGUUUUGUGAAAUUGGGACUAAUAAAUCAAGAACCCUGUCCUAUGCUUAGUGCGACUGCACCUUCUGUAAAAUGGAAAGAGCUAAUGUGUAAGUUACUUGGACUUCAGACUUCUGUCAAAUACGAUGAACUCCAACAGGCUGUCUGCAAACACCUGGAUGGGAACAAAAAACAGUUGGAAGCAGUGGAAUGGUUGGGGUUACUUGGAGAUGAACCUGUUCCAAUAGCGCAUAGUAUUGUGGAUGCAUUGGCCAAACACAUGGAAGCAAAGCUCUCGUACGGAUCUGGAGAGCGAGAUAUGAUAGUUAUGAGGAAUGAAAUAGGAAUUAGGCAUCCCUCUGGUCAUUUGGAAGACAAAUAUAUCAAUCUUGUUGUGUAUGGAGAUGAUAAAGGGUAUUCUGCGAUGGCCAAAACGGUGGGGUACCCUACUGCUAUUGUAGCAAAGAUGAUUCUGGAAGGUGAAAUUAACAGCAAAGGUGUGAUCGUCCCAUUGACAAAGGAUAUAUAUGGACCAAUACUAAAACGUAUUCAGGCGGAAGGCGUUGCAUACACAACCCAGAGUGUUAUCAGGCAAUAAAGCAGUCUUCAUGUUCCUCUCAGCCACCCGUCCACUGAGUUUCUAGUAUGCACAAAUUGAAGCUUGAAAAUCUGCCAUGGAUACCUUCAGCUGCAAAGUCUUCUGUGCUGAGCCCAUUGAAAUGAACAGAAGAGCAACAGCAUUUCUAUUAACCUCCAGCCUUUGGUUCAGUCUUUCACAUGAGAUUAUCCUGUUGAAUUGGGUUAAUUAAAGGCUACAGUCCCAA